AUGAUGGAAGCAAGAAAUCGAAAAUUUAGGCAACAAGAGUCAAGAAAUCAUGAAAAAUUGCUGAAAGUUAUCCUUCAAAUUUACAAGCCUAAGUAUAGAAGGAGUGAAAGGCCUCACUUAGGGAAAACCCCAGAAACUGACACUGAAUCUUCAAAUAGCGAAUCUACUGAAACAAUUUCUGAAAUAAAAUUAAAUGAUUAUGAGCCUCCUAAAGUAAAAAUUGACUAUUCUGCGUUAGAAUGGGACCAAAAAUACAAAGAAGCUAAUAAGAUCACUAAUGGUGAAUUUCCUGGAUUAAUUCAGGAUUACUGUAAAGGAUCUAUUUCAUUAUCUCAACUGAAACAAAGAUAUUACUCUAAAAAAAAGAAUUUUAAUUAUUAUUGCCUUGAUGAUGUUCAGUCAUCUUUGAUAGCACCAAAAGAAAUUUCGUUAAAUCCUAAGAAAAAGCAUGGGUGCAUCAAAAGGCUUGAAGUCCAUCCUCAGAGAAAUCUGAGCGUUGGAAAAACCAGUUCUGGGUGAAAUUUUAGUACAAAAGUUAAUAAUCCACGUAUAGAAUUAAGUCCUCAAUCUGCUAAUUCUCCUAUACGUUAAAGGUAUUUAUAUAAAUUAAAAAUGGCCACAUGUAUCAACCUGCCAUCUUGGUGCAACAGUCCAGGCCUUGUGGCUACGGCGAACUGGGACAGACUCCGAGAAAGAAUCAAGUUAAGGCUUUGGGGAUGUGCAUCCGGGUAAGUUUUGGCUGCUUUCCUGUGAUUUGAAAUGGAGGUGCUCAUAAAUGUCUUUUAGAUCUGAGGACCCAUGGGCUACCGAAAAACUGUGGGUUUCAGCCCAUGCCACAGUAGUCUUUCUCCUGUAGCUGUCGAAGGAAGGCACUUCAACACCCGGCUGACUCCAAGGAUCCUUGGAAUCAAACUGCUCCAAUAGCCCGUAGCAGGCAGAAAUCCAUAAACACUCAAGACUGAAGCCACAAGGAGGAGACAGAAAUUGCCAGAAGUGGCAUCCACCUUUGGGCGAAAGAUCCUGUAGACUGGAAUUGAAAAGCGGUUGAACCUCCCAUAUGGGAGUCUUUGGUUAUUGCAUCAUCAAUAUGACUAAUACAUGAUUUUAAUAACCUACCUAGCAUAUAAAGGAAUUUUAAAACUUUAAAAAACAUUGAAAAUAUAAAAAAAAAAUAAUUUGAAUUUUUUAUAUAGCCUAAGCUUCUUUUUGGCUCGUGCUAUACCUAAGACUCCUGAUGUUUGAAGAUGAAUUGCUUUUAUCAACAUUUAUUGAUAAAACCAACUCCCAAAUGGCAAAUCUUCAAUAUAAAGUGGAUUUGAUCUGGAGAGUUGGUUUUACAAACAAAUAUUGGUAAAGUCAACUCCGUUUCCGGCAGCAGGAGACAUCCGUAUAGACUGAGCCAAAAGAAAAGCUUAAUCUAAAUAUAAUUUAUAAAGAAAAGUGAGGAAAAAUCAAAUAUAAAAUUAUCAAAAACUCCAACAAAUGAUUCAAGAGCACACCAUCGGCAGCAAAGAUGAUGCUCAGUCAGCAAAGUUGACGAAUCACUUAUAACUGAUGACUAUCGUAAAUACAGAGUCACAAAUGACAGAAAAGAGCGAGAUGUCCCAAACAUAAAAUACGGCGGCCGUCUUAGUGCUAAAAACAUGCACGACAUUUUGGUAUCAUCUUUAUUCCCAGCUAAAAACCCAACAGAAAGGCCUCAGACCCCUCAAAAAGUAAAAGACGCAGUAUUCGCAGCCAAACUGAGAAUAAAGCACCACAACAACUCUCCUCCAGUCAAAAGCAGGCCAGUGACAGCGUCUUUAUUGAAUUCUCGCAGAACCAAUGUGUCAUUUACAGGCUUUGAAAUUCGUGACCAAAUUUAUAUUCCUGAUGAGUUAUAA